GCAGACGCCAGGGGGCGCUACAGCGGAAGCGGAACCGCGCGCCCCACGUGACUAGAGGGGAGCGGCGGGGAAGCAGGCGGCGGGCACGUGACGGGCGGGGCGGGGCGGGGCCCGGGCGGCGGCGGCGGCGGCGCCAUGGAGCUGGUGGCGGAGCUGAGGGACCGCGACGGGCGGACGCGGUCGGUGCGCGUGCCGGUGCCGCGCCCGGCGGAGGCGGAGGGCGAGGCCGAGCAGCUGCGCGUGCUGCGUCGGGGCCUGGGCGAGCUGCAGCAGCGGGUGGCGGAGCUGCUGGCGCCUCUGGUGCAGGAGGAGAGAGAGGCGGCGGGCGGCGGCCGAACGCGCGGUGAUGCCGAGGAUGACGAUGAGGAGGAGGAGGAAGAUGAGGAGGAUGAGGAGGGCGAAAACGACACGGACACGAAGGCGAGCGCCGAGCACCCGCCCCCGAAGCGGCCGAAGGUCCGGCAGCCCUGACGGGGACGUCGCGGGCGGAGCUUAGGCCCGAAGCGGGACCCUCCGGCGGCCCCGGGCAGGGCCGGGCCGGGCCGGGCCCCGGGCAGGGCGCUGUCCCGGCGGGCCCCUGCCGCCUGCCUCUCUCCUCCCCGGAUUUUAAACGUGAAACGUCGAUCCCGGCGCUAUUUUAAUGUGGGAGCCGUAAGGGAAGGGUGCGCGUCGGUGCUGGUGGCGUCCUGGUACGGGUACUCCCGCUACCCCGGGGAGAAUUUUCAGCAAACCAGUUGACAAAUAUAAAACUGUUCUCACAAGUCUUCCGACUGCUACGUUUUUGACGACUUUCUCCAAGUCAGCAUUUCUUCAUGUGACUUAAACUUUUAAAGUAAUAAAAUCUGGAAAGAGUUAUUUUGUCAUAUACAAUCUUAAAACAGAACAAGACAACUUUUAUUUGUAUGGAGAGAAACAGUAUGAGAUCACUAAGUGUUCAAAAUUAAAAAACGUUUACCUGGC